CAAGACGAAGAGAUAGAUGAGCGAAGAAUAUAGCUUAUUUUUUCAGCAAAAAAAUGAAGAAGUGGAAACGCAGGUGGAGCCCGCCAUUAAUAAAGGGUUCCACCCACAGAUCCGGCAUCUCGUUUUUUCUGAAGCCGGUAACUGCCACUGGCGGUCGUCCUGGGCAGUGAACAUCCGAGAGUGGCAACGGUCCAGCCAGUCGGCAAGACGACCCUGCGUCGUUCUAGCAGGGGGUGCUCAACAAACAAGGCCGUAUUUCUGUGAGCGUGUUUCACAGCUGCGUUUGGAAACAGUCCUCCGGAAGCGCAGCACUGCGUAUCCCCCAGACAACUCGUCCGAAGACGCCUGUACUACCCGUUAGCGGAUGCUCAUCGACGAACGUCGCUAGGACAGUUGGGAUACUAUCGCAGAAAUCAAGGGGCUCCUCUCUCUCAAAGUCUGCGCUUCUGRCUCAGGCAGAUUGUUGUUCAAUAGUUCAUCAGACAUCCUCUGUGUGUGUGUGUUUGUCCCACAGAGAGAGAGAGAGAGAGAGAGAGAGAGAGAGAGAGAGAGAGAGAGAUGGCGUGCAGGGCGGGUGGUACGCUGGUGGGGGCAAUGCUUGUCCUCGUCAGCCUGUCGUCAUUCGUGGAGGCGCAGUUCGGAGGAUUUUGCGAUCCUUUCCAAGCGCCGACGGGCGACUGGACUUCGGGAACUGCGACCUUCUACAGCGGCGGAAGUGGUGGAGCAUGUGGGUUUGGUGGACUUGGGUAUGCCAUAUACGGGGAGAGGUACGCCGCUGCGUCAAUGAGAAUCUGGCAGAACGGUGCCGCCUGCGGACUGUGCGUUGAGAUCAGGUGCACGGGUCCCAGCGGAUGCUAUCCAGGGAAGGUUGUCAAGGUCACCAUCACCGACUUCUGCCCCAACACUCCACCCAAUCUUGCUCACUGCGGGCCUGACAAGAACCACAUUGACAUGGGACAAAACUCCUUCCCCGUGAUUGCCGACGCAAGAGUUGGUGUCAUAGAUAUCGAGUACCGAACUGUAUCAUGCACACCCUACAGUAACUUCCAAGUCCAGAUCAACGGCAAUCAAUUUGGCUGGUUGUCCCUCCUCAUCGCUCAAAUCCCCGGCAGUGGGCGCGUAGUUGGCUGCGAAGUUCAAGGCUCGGGCAAUGAUAAUUGGGAAGCUCUGAAGAGAACCUGGGGAAGCAACUGGGUGAGAACCGGGACGCCGCUGAAGGCUCCAAUCCAUGUACGACUGACGCUCUGGGGACAAAUCUGCAAAGUGACAUCUCACAACUGUAUCCCGAGUGGUUUCAGUUUCGGUCAGGUGGUGCAAUGCAACCUGGAGUAAUGGAGAGCUGUUGGUUGCCCAAGGGAGUUCCUCCCUCGCUUGGUCUUUCUUCCCCCCCUCCUCCUCUCUCACACGCAGUAUUCCCCUACAACUGCACCUAUCCUUCGUCCGUACACUACUAGGACAACCAUAGGUGUUUGUUUUCCGCUCGCUUGUUCCAGUGAUUUGUUUCCCAUUCGAGCGACAUAGAGUUCAUCUCUCUCUCUUCUCGUCUAUGGAGCCGAGAGGCAUUAGAUCAACUUAGAUAGAUGAGGUUAGACUACUACGGUUGAAUAGACCGAUGAGCGUAUAGGUAGGCGGGCAAGUGCUUUUCGACAGAAUCUGUGUUAGUGCUUAUUACUGUGCGAUCAGACAGAUAUUACACUUGAGUAGCGGUAAGGACCGACUGGUGCGGCUCACCUCCGCAAGUGACCGAGGACUGACAAAUGGAGCGAUCCAUAGAUCAAUAGGAGGAAGAAGGAUACGGAUGAUCACUUCAGCUGAAUCGAGGUGAUGUAGAAUCGUAGAUUGCGUUUCCUCCAAGAGUUGUUCACAAAUUUCAAAGUCUUUUUUUGCGCUGAGUGAGUGUCAUUACUGCUUGGUUGAAGCGGUCUAUCUCACCCGCGGAAGUAUGGAUGGAAUGCUAACUACGUGGUCCGUUUGACGAGCUGCCUUGCGGUCAUGGUCUUGGCACAGUUGCAUAGCUGUAUCAUAGAUGAAGAUGCCAGCUCGGACGGCAAAUAUGCCUGAGUUGACGACGAAGCGGCCGCUGUCUUUUGUCUUUUCCAACGGGAAGCUGUGCGUGCUUGAGUUGAGAGCACGGUGUGGUGGCUGUGAAUGCGGGUGGGUGGGUGUGCUUCAGCUGAGAGCACGGUGGCUAUAAAUGCGGAUGACAUUUUUGUGCAUCCACGAAAGUGGGGCUGUACGCUGGUCUUGCAAAUGCUCUCUGAUUCUGCCGAUUUUGCUAGCGUGCAUUGCGCUGUUCACAUUAAGAUAAUGAUUUCGGUUUUGUAGCUACCCAUUCGAUGAGCAUCAUCCAUCACCUGCCUGUUCCACCUCGAGGAUUCAUGUCUCAUUUGCCCGUCGUUGGUUUGCUUCCAUUCRUCCUCCCUCUGCAUUUCUUCCGGGAACCUCUUCCCACGUGUACCGUAUUCUUUCAGCUUAGUGGCAGGCACUCCCGAGUUUUAUCAAUCCAGUAUGUACGUUAGAGCUAUGUAGUAGUCGCGCAAACAACGCUAGCUAGCCGAUAUUGGGUUUUGUCUGUUGAGCAUUUAGAGGAUGAAUGAAAGUGUGUAGUAAGGAACAGCGUUGGCGAGCGACGAAUGAGUGAUGAUCGGCUUAGUAGAGUGAAGUUGAGCGAGGCACACUGCCAGAGCAGCUGCUAUGGAACGUUUGUAGUUUCCCUGGCCCAUGGGAACGUUGUUGGCCGGCAUAGGGUAGGGUGUGCAGCCGGCUCACACUGGGAUGGCGUCCACACAAGCGUCUUAGCUGGCAGCAUUUAACAAUGCGGAAUGAAUAGCAAAUGAAAUG